AUGGGUAGCCUCUCGCCAUGGGGACAGUUCUCCUUCGUCCCAUUUCUACUGUUGCAGUUCAUGCUUCACGUGUCCUAUGGCUGCUCCGUGGAGGAGAUGGCUGCCCUACUGGAGAUCCGGUCUUCUCUGAUGAGAGCGCACUCCCUGGAGGUGCCUGAUUCAUGGAGGAAGGAUGAUCAUGAUUGCUGCUCGUGGAAGCAUGUCAAAUGCAACAAUAGAACACAGCGAGUGUCCCAUCUUGACCUUUCCUCUGUAUAUGCAACAACAGAGGGAGAUGGCCAUUGGUUUUUGAACUCGACUGUGUUCUCUGUAUUCCAUGAGCUUCAGUACCUAGAUCUAUCAUACAAUUCCCCUUGUUCCUUAAGCUUGAAAGGAUUAGUUGGGUUAGCCAAGCUUCGAUAUCUCGACCUCAGUGGCACUAUGUGGGGAGUGGGUUUCCCAGAAUUUAUCGGAGAAAUUGUUUCACUGGAAGUAUUAGCGCUCAACGAUAACAACAUCACCGGAGGUCUUCCCGGCACAGCUGUUAAAAAUCUAAGGAACUUGCGACAAUUGAAUAUGACUUCGAAUAGCUGCCACGGAAACCUCCCGGAAUCACUAUUUUCACUUCCACACCUAAAGAUCCUAGAUCUCUCAGCAAAUAUCUUUGGUGGGCAUAUUCCAAUUAGCUCAGCGUCAAGACCAAUUUCACUUGAAGUCUUGGAUCUUAGCUCUAAUCACCUCAAUGGAACUCUACCCGUUGCUGCCUUUCAAAACAUCAGGAACUUGAAUUUGUCUGGCAACCAGUUCAGAGGAUCUCUCCCUGUAUCAUUAUUUGCACUUCCUCAUCUGAAGUUCCUAGAUCUCUCAUACAAUAAUUUUGAGGGACGUUUUCCUAUUAGUUUGUCUCCAGAACCAGUUCCACUUGAAGUCUUAAAUCUCCAUUAUAAUAACAUGAGUGGAGCUCUUCCGUCUGAACAAGCAUUUGAAAAUCUCAAGAAACUACGAGGGUUGUAUUUGAGUUCCAACCAAUUCAGCGGAAACAUUCCAGCAUUCUUGUUUUAUCUUCCACAUAUUGAACGGUUGAAUCUCUCAACAAAUAUCUUCAGCGGACCAAUUCCGAUAAAUCCAUCUUUGAAUCUUCCAUUGUCGCUUAAGAGUCUGCGGUUUUCCCAAAACAAUUUGAGUGGUAGGCUUUCUUUCAUUUGGCUUGGAAACCUGACAAAACUAGAAGUGAUAGACCUUUCAGGCAAUGCUAACCUAGUUGUUGAUGUCAAUAUUCCUGGAUGGACACCUCUGUUCCAGUUGAAACAGCUAUUACUCUCUGGUUGUGAUCUUGACAAGAUCAUUAUUGCAGAACCACGUUUUUUACACACACAGCGUCGUCUAGAGGUGGUUGAUUUAUCCAACAAUAACUUGUCAGGUAGCAUGCCGAAUUGGCUGUUUACAAAGGAAGCAACACUACAGUAUCUAAAUCUUGGAAAUAACUCGCUAACUGGAUUGUUGGACCCAAUAUGGCAUACCCAAUCUUUUCUCCAUGUUAUCAACAUACACAUGAACCAUAUUGCAGGACAGCUGCCGGCUAACAUCAGCUCAAUGUUUCCAUGUUUGUCUGUUCUGGAUUUUUCUAAUAAUAACCUCCUUGGGCACAUACCAUCUUCACUGUGCGAGAUCAGCUUAAUGCAACAUUUAGACCUCCGUAACAUGAUUUUGGAGUUUCGACGCGUGAUGUCUCUGGCGAUUCCUGGCGACGCUCGGCGCUCCCCGCCGGCCGCCGCGCCCCCGACCUACCCACCAGCCUCCGUCGGAGCUGGACUUCCCAGCUCAGGCGCCACCUCCACUCCGGCUCCCGUCGUCCUCAGACGCGGGCCGCUGCCGCAGGUUUGCUCCCUCCCACCGCUCCUCCGUCGCCCUCGUCGCCCGCCUCUACCUUCCGCCCUCCCCGCCCUGCUGCUCUCUCCCGGCGCCGCCCUGGCCCGUGCAAGCUCUCUCCAGCCUCCCUGCCCGUCGUCGCGGCCUUCCCGUCCCCCUGGCGAGCUCUUCGCUGACCUCGCUCUCGCCACCUUCUACUCCCCCGUCUGCCGCUCCCUUUCCUCCGGCCCCUGCGCUGACCCCGGCGCCCGCCUCUGGCUUGCCUGCGUGCGCUCUCAGCAUCCCGUCGACGGUGCCACGCUGGCCUCGUGCCUUACCUUCUUCUUCUCACAUCCCGGCGAUCCCUUCUCCGUCUCCGCCGCUGCCGACGGGGUCUUCACCACCAGAGUCUCCAGCUCCGGCGUCGCUACGGCCAUGCUCUCCCGCCGCGGCGUCACGGUGGGCCCGCUGCGCGUGGACUUUUUCCCGUCCAAAAAUCUAGCCGUUGAGUCCCUGCAACGUGCGUGGGCCCGCGCUGACUCUGUGCGCUCCUUGCUCGUCAACCCUCGCGUCAGCCGUGACGUGGGCUGCCCCUCUGCUGGGCCCCGGUGGACAACGCCGACCCGCCCCGUUCUCUCCGCCCCUCCUGGGCCCGCCGCCCCCUGCGUGGCAACCCCCUGUGCCCCACCGCUGACCCCGCACCGCCUCCAUCCGACCCGUCCGCUCCUCAUCCAACGCCUCGCACCUGGGCGGACGUGGCUAGGGCCCACCUGUGUCCUGAUUCUUCGCCACCCUCCUUCUCCCUCCGUAACCAUCGUCGUCUCCGCCCCCUCUCCCCCCGGCCACCGCAGCGGUGGCUGCCCUCUCUUCGGCACCAGAGCUGCUCCCUCCGCCUCCGCCCCCGUUGUCCCUCCACCUUGCGUCGCCGGAGGGCGUGGCCACCUCCUGGUCACACCACACCCAUUUGCCUUCGCCGCCAUGCCCGCCGCCCAACCUCCUGCAAACUCCACCCCAGGCCCUUCCAACACCGCUCCCGCCCCUUGCAACCCCGUCUCACCCUACUCGCCCGUCUCCCCUCUCGAUUUCGCCGGUGCCUCCGCCAGUAGGGGAUCGGAGGGAGCCGCCGCGAUCGGCGCCGGGGGCGGUGGAGGCGACAGUAGCAGUGACUAG